CUGGGUCUGGGGAAUCCAGGGGAGGAGGGUGUCGCGGGCCGGCGUCUUGGCGACUGUGGCCGUCGGAUUCCGAAGGGCCAGGAGGUCUGAGCGGAUUAGGACCCUCCUGCCCCUUGGAGCGCCCGCCUCUCCCUCGGACCGGACCCUUCCUUCCUGCUGUCGGGAGGAGAGUCCGCGGGUAUCAGGGUCCGAGCCUGUCCUGGCUGCCUCGGGAGUGGCCGCAGCUGGGCUCCUUGGUGCGGGUCACAUCCUAAGAGCCGUGCCUUCGGGGCGGUCCUCAGCGACCGGAAGGUACCUCGGAAGCCUAAAGUCGAGCGGAGCCCGGCCGGAUCCCUUGGCGUAGUCAUGAUUUUAGAAGACGCGGAGUCCUCUGUGAGAAAGCCUGUGGCAAACUCUCUCUGGGAACACUCGUGGCUCUUGUGAGGAAAGGGCUGCGAGACUUGAGUAGGUGGUCGGCUGGGCUGCAGCUAUGGACCGAGAGCUGGCCCAGACCCGCAUCCUUGCUGAGCCUGCCCAAGUGUGGCUGCUCCCACCAUGGUCUCCUCGGUGUACAUCAUGGUGGAGCUGGCCAUUGCUGUGCUGGCCGUCCUGGGCAACGUACUUGUGUGCUGGGCUGUGUGGAUCAACAGCAACCUACAGAAUGUCACCAACUACUUUGUGGUGUCACUGGCAGCGGCUGACAUUGCAGUGGGUGUGCUCGCCAUCCCCUUCGCCAUCACCAUCAGCACCGGCUUCUGCGCCGCCUGCCACGGCUGCCUCUUCUUCGCCUGCUUCGUCCUGGUCCUCACUCAGAGCUCCAUCUUCAGCCUCUUGGCCAUUGCCAUUGACCGCUACAUCGCCAUCCGCAUCCCACUCCGGUACAAUGGCUUGGUGACAGGCAUGAGGGCAAAGGGCAUCAUUGCAAUUUGUUGGGUGCUGUCGUUCGCCAUCGGCCUGACCCCCAUGCUGGGCUGGAACAGCUGCGGUCAGGUCAAGGAUGGCCAGAACUACACGCAGGCCUGCGGCAAGGGCCAGGUGGCCUGUCUGUUCGAGGACGUGGUGCCCAUGAACUACAUGGUAUACUACAACUUCUUCGCUUUCGUCUUACUGCCCCUGCUGCUCAUGCUGGGCAUCUACUUGCGGAUUUUUUUGGCAGCCCGGAGACAGCUGAAGCAGAUGGAAAGCCAACCCCUGCCAGGGGAGCGGACCCGGUCCACGCUGCAGAAGGAGGUCCAUGCUGCCAAGUCCCUCGCCAUCAUCGUGGGGCUCUUUGCCCUCUGCUGGCUGCCACUCCACAUCAUCAACUGCUUCACUUUCUUCUGCCCCUCAUGCCAGCACGCCCCUCCGUGGCUCAUGUACCUGGCCAUCAUCCUCUCACACAGCAACUCCGUCGUCAACCCCUUCAUCUACGCCUACAGGAUCCGUGAGUUCCGCCAGACCUUCCGGAAGAUCAUCCGCACCCACGUCCUGAGGCGGCAGGAACCCUUCAAGGCCGGGGGUUCCGGUGCCUGGGCCUUGGCGUCUCACAGCACUGAGGGAGAGCAGGUCAGCCUCCGCCUCAAUGGCCACCCCCUGGGGGUGUGGGCCAAUGGCAGUGCCCCCCAUUCUGGACGGAGGCCCAAUGGCUAUACCCUGGGGCUGGUGAGCGGAGGGAGUUCCCAAGGGUCUCCUGGAGAUGUGGAACACCAGGAAGGCGGCCCAGAGCAUCCUGGCCUAGGGGAGCAACUGGCCGAGGGCAGAGAAGGAACAUCCUCGUGGUCCACAGAGUUUGCCCCUUCCUGAGGGAAAGACAUCUUUAUCUUUUUGGUUGGCUGGACCAAUCUCACUGAGAGAAGACAAGGAAGACCAUGCCGGAAAACACACUGGGCAUCUGGUUCCCACUUUGGACUAAGAAGAGGGAGCAUUGAGCUGAUGCAGCAUGAAGCCCAGCAAGAAAGGCCUGGGGUGGAGGAAGCAGAUGCCUCGUGCUGUGGGGCCCUGCGUUAGGCCCUAGUUAGAGCAACAUCAGCGUCUUCGAAGGUGGGGACCAGUUCCCCGACUCCAGAAGCAUCAGAAAGUUCUAUCUUGUCUCUGUAGAGCAGCUGUGGCCUGGAGGACUGGCUUGGCCUGAUGUUGGGGUAUGGCUGCUUCAGGCCUCCCGCCAUAGUACACUACCCUCCCCAGACCGUCUCGGGCUCAGGGAGCUGCUGGCCUGGAAGUUGGCACUUGACUACUUUUUUUUUUUUCUUUCCAGAAGAUGAAAAUGUGAGGAAACCCUUUCUAUUUUAUUGACGUCCCCUCCCCGGCUGCUGGAUCUGUCCUCGAUCCUGCCCUAUCCCAAGGAGUCACAGGCAACCCUCUCAGGCUGCCACAAGCUGCCAUGCACUUAGUCAUAGGGCCAUCUCGGGGCAGCAAAGCUGGGCUUGAAGACAGGAACUGCAAAGGGAAUGGUGUCAGAGUGUGGGCUCUCAGGUCCCACGAGAGAGGUUAGAGCCGUCAAGCCAUGGACCUGAGCCUGGGAAGCUCAGAGCUGCCCCCUCAGAGGCCCUGUCUACUGCCUUUCCUCCUGGAGGGACUGAUUUCUUUGUUUUUGUUUGUGUUUUUUUUUCCUGAGAUAAAAUAAAAUGA